AUGAAAGAAAUAAAGAAAUCUAAAAAGAUAAUUGAAGGUGAAGAUAGUGAAGAUGAAGAUGAUUAUGAUGAAGAUGACUACAACAACAACAUUAAAGAUGAAAAGAAAAAGAAACAAGAAGAACAACAACAACAAAUAAAUAUAAAACAACCUGAAAAUGUAAAUAAUAAUAAUAAUAAUAAUAAUAAUAAUGUAAUAUACAACAAUGAAUCAACAUCAACAAUUCAAUCUUUAAAUACGACUUUAAAUACAUCAAUAACCACUACAACACCAAUCAUUGUUGAUGAUUCUACGAAUAUUACAUAUACUUUGGAAUCUCCUCCUCCUCCUCAUCCUUCUUCUUCUUCUAUUACAACUACUACGACUAAAAUAGUAUCAUCACCUACACUAUUACAAUUUCAAAAACCAUCUCAAUCAUCUCAAACAAGAACACCUUUAAGUCUUGGAGAAGGUCAACUUAAACAAAUGAAUGAAACUCUUAGAAAAACAUUGGUAUCAAAGAGUCAUUCAGUAUUUUCAUCGAUCAACAAGGAAUUGAUUUAUACAAACAAUAAUUUGACAUCUGUCUUGGAUAUUACAAAAUCAAUUCAACAAAAUAUUAGAUCAUUUAACGAUGAUAUAAUGACACUGACUGAAAAAUUGGAACAAACUGAAUGGUCUCUACAAUGUUAA